AUGGGGCCCUCCGGAAGGAAGCAGUCGGGGAAGCCCGGGAAGCCGUCGAGGGAGGAGCCGGGCGCGCGAGCCCACAACUUCGAGGCCGCGGAGAGGGAGGACUCGAGAGCCUCCGACGAGGACGUUCCCGAAGGAAAAUCUCCAGUAAUUGAAAAACAUGGAAAGAAAAGACCAGCAGGAAUAGUUGAAGAUAUGGGGGGUGAAGUACAGAAUAUACUGCAAAGAUUUGGAGCUGACAUAAACAAGGCUAUUCUUGCCAAGAAAAAAAGAUUAGAAAUGUACGCCAAGGCUUCUGUAAAAACCAGUAACCAGAAAAUAGAAUAUCUUUGGAAAACUCAAAAAGAGCAAAGGCAGAAGCUUUACCAAGACUAUUAUCAGCAGUUUCUGACUUUGUUUCAGCAGUGGGAUACAGAUAUACAGAAAACUCAGGAACAAGAAGAAAAAUUAAUUAAUAUAUUUCGACAGCAACAAAAGAUUUUUCAACAAUCUAGAAUUGUUCAGAGCCAGAGACUGAAAACAAUUAGACAACUUUAUGAGCGGUUCUUAAAGAGCAUAGAGGAGUUGGAGAAGAAUCAUGAUAAUCUACUUACUGGUGCACAAGAUGAACUUAAAAAAGAAAUGGCUAUGUUGCAAAAAAAAAUUAUGAUGGAAACACAGCAGCAAGAGAUGGCAAUUGUUCGAAAGUCUCUUCAUUCCGUGUUAUUCUGAUGACUCUUUGAAGAAAGAACUUGAACCUAAGUAAUAUGAUACAAUUACAACAUUAGCUAAGAGGCAUGUUAUAAGUCUUUAGAGUGGUUUGGAAAUUCUAGCUUAAAUUAUAACAUAUUAGCUUGUUUCAGUGCAACAACUGCCUUUUCUGUUAAUUUUCAAGUAAAAUCUAAACAGUAAUGUAACAGCUAUUCCUAAAUUACAUGUAUCAAGCUUUCAGCUCUUUAUUAGUAAUACUGAAUUUUUCUCUCUAACACUGUCAAUUAACUUUUAGCAAUAAAGAUUACUUAAUUUUAGGGUUUGGCUUCAGUGUAUCUGUAUCAGUCUCAAAAGGUAGAACAACACAAGCAUAAAAGGUUACAUAGUUCUUAUUUUAAGGAAAAAAAAGAAUAUAAAAUCUAUUUUACAUAUAUAUCCUUUUCUGUAUACUUAAGUUAUAGAAUUAAUUCUAAGAAAAUAAGAUGAACUUAAGUUUGUGUUCUAGGAUAAAUUUAAUUGCUACGAUCAUAACCUCUGAACAUUAGAUCAUUAACAACUGAGCAAGAUAUAUAAAAAUCAGUUUUAAGACAUGGACUUGAGACUAUGUCAUUUCCACAAAGCCAUCAAAAAUUGCACUUAAUUAGGCUUGGUCUGCAAUUAAAUGACACAUGCCCUUAGCAACGAUUAACAAUCAAACACAUCAUUGCGCCAAUAAACAUGCAUGUGCAAAAAAAAAAAAACAACACAAAA